GGCCCAACAGAGCGCACAGGCAAGGCAAACCGUCAGCACUCAGUGGAGCCCUGGCGGGCUGGCCUCCCCUCUUCUUCGCCUGCACCUGCACGCGCCCCCGACCUCACCCUCUGCUGACCUCGCUCCCCUCCCGUAGCCGCCGGAGCCCUCAUCGGUUUAUCCUCCCGCUGCCACCUGCAACAGCCCCGGGCGGAGAUCCAUCCUAACUCUACGUGCAGGUGACCCCAAGUCCUCAAGUGGGUGGCGCAACCAUGCCCAAGGUUAAGAAUCCCCACGUUUUCAUGGACAUAUCAAUCGGUGGAGGUAGCGCCGAGAGGAUCACAUUCGAGCUAUUUGCAAAUGUAGUUCCAAAGACCGCGGAGAACUUCAGAGCACUAUGUACUGGUGAAAGAGGCCUUGGAGCGUCUACACAGAAACCACUCUAUUAUAAGGGAACAUAUAUUCAUCGCAUAGUUAAAGGGUUUGUUGCUCAGGGUGGUGAUUUUUCAAGCGGAGAUGGAAAAGGUGGAGAGAGCAUUUAUGGUGGAAAAUUUCCAGAUGAAAACUUCAAGCUACUGCACAAUCAGCCUGGUGUCCUGUCCAUGGCAAAUUCUGGACCAGGCACCAAUGGGUCACAGUUUUUUAUUACAUUCAAGGCUCUACCUCAUCUUGAUGGCAAACAUGUGGUCUUUGGGAAGGUGGUCAGUGGAAUAGCUUUGCUUAAAAAUCUUGAAGCAGCUGGCAGUGAAACUGGAAAUCCUUCUUGUCAAGUGAAAAUUGUAGACUGUGGUGAAGUUUCCAACACAAAUUCUCAAGAUCUGCUAAAGGGAGAGAAAGAAAAAAAACUAAGAACAGCAGAUGGUAACUCCAAUGCUGAAGGGAGAGCCAAAUUAAAAAAAGCAUCUGGUGAUUAUAAGCAAAGAAAGAAGAGAAAACAUUAUUCAUCUGAUUCAUAUAGCUCAGAUACUUCAGACUCGUCGUCCUAUUCUUCAGAUAGUGGCUCUGAUUCAGAAUCACAGUCAUCAAUGAAUACUAGCUCGUCCAGUGAUCAUAGGCGUAAGAGAAGAAAGGGAUCUAAGAAGGAUAAGCGCAAGCUCACGAAGAGGAAGGGUAAGCAUACAAGGAGUAAGAGAAAGAGUAGAGGAUCCAAAAGGCGUCCUAGACGGAGCUAUGGGAGUUCCAGUGAUGAUUCAGUAAGCUCAAAGACAGAUAACAGCAGUUCUGACAGUGAAAAUGGUGGUCAUUAUACCAAGCGUUCCUUGCCGAAAGCAGAUAAAGAGAGUACCAAAAUGACAAAUUCAGAACAAGGAAGAACGUUUCCAGAUGUAGACAAAGUCAAACAAACAGUUACUACCAUCAACCGAUCACAAUCACAUGAUGGAAGUAAACCCUCAAACAAAGAUGACAAUGGGGCUGAUGACAGAUCUGGAAAUUACAGUUCAAAAGAUAGGAAUGAUCCAGGUGCAAGCUCUAGGAUCAGUCCUAUACAGACUGAUGUAAAUUUAACGAAACCAGUAAAUGUAUAUGGCAACAUUGGUGGUGAUAAUGCAGAUGCUGGCAUGUCUAUAACUGGUACAGAAAGGCACCUGCCAAGCAAUGAACCUGUGUCCACCAAUGGUAAAGAUUUAGCUGUGGGUUCUGCAGACAAUGGGCAGCCUCAGCGAAUCAGGAAAGGGCGUGGUUUUACUCAGAAGUAUGGGUUUGCACGCCGGUACAGGACACCAUCUCCCGAGCGCCCCCCUGUUCGACCCCGCUACGAUGGAGGGAGAGAGGAUAGGUGGAACAAUUUCAAUAGGUAUGGAAGAACUGGUCCUUAUAGUAGACGCUCUCCAGUAAGGAGAUACCAUGGCUCGCCAAGAGCCAAUAGCCCAUCCAGGUACCAAAGAAGAGGACGGAGCAGGUCACGCAGCCCGGCGACGCGUCAUGACCGUGGAGGGUAUCGCCGCCCCAGCCCAAGGCGCAGCCGCAGCCCUGCAGACCCGAGACGUGAUGCGAACGAUAGGCCUCGAUCAGGUCACGGUGGAGGCGGUCCUGACCACCGUGGCCACAUCCCCCCUGCCAACAACAGGUCCAGGUCGAAGAGCCGGGAUCCCUUGAGAUCCAGGUCUCCUGAUGCUGCCCCAGCCAAGAGGGAGAGCUCGAGAUACAACCGCAGGCGCAGCAGCAGCUCGAGGUCCAGCAGCCCUGAUGCUGAUGGAAACAAAGGCUUGGUCUCGUACUGAGAUGUAACGCCACAACGAUUUACAUGCGCCAAGAACCAUCUUUCUUGCUAGUUUAGCGUUAUGUACGCUUUUGUAAUGGCUUCUAAACUUGUUUUUUUGAUGUAGCUGUACAUUUGGAUGUCCUGUUAGACGUGAAAUGUUUUUUACGUCAGAUAUUUAUAACUACUUCUGAGUCAGUAUAACGCGAAGAGUGCUAUGCGUUCUUAGGUCGA